UUUAGGACGCUGGCAAGCAGCCGGCGGGACAGACUGACGUGUGGUUGCAUCGCAGGAGGCGCAUGGCGGGGAUGGCGCUGGCACGGGCCUGGAAGCAGAUGUCCUGGUUCUACUACCAGUACCUGCUAGUCACGGCGCUUUACAUGCUGGAGCCCUGGGAGCGGACUGUGUUCAAUUCCAUGCUGGUUUCCGUUGUGGGGAUGGCACUGUACACUGGAUACGUCUUCAUGCCCCAGCACAUCAUGGCGAUUUUACACUACUUUGAGAUUGUACAAUGAUGACGAUGUAACCAGGAUCUAGAGGUUCCUUGGGGAAGAUCCACCCUAUGAAGUUGGAAUGAGACUUCAUCAGAUGUCAUAAGAAACUCUACCAGAUGUCAACAUAACCAACCUUAUAAAUACAGAGACUAAGAUCCAUGAGUAGAACAGGAAAAUCAUCCUGACUCAUGUGUUGUGUUCUUUAUUUUUAAUUUUAAAAGAGGCUCUUGUAUAGUAGUUUUUGUCUAUUUUAACAUUGUAGUCAUUUGUACUUUGAUAUCAGUAUUUUCUUAACCUUUGUGACUGUUUCAAUAUUAUCCUGUGAAAGCUUUUCUUAAUGUAACUUUGAGUACAUUUUAAUUGCCUUCUAUUUUUAAAACCCAAAGUCAUUAGUUGGGCUCUACUGUUCUUGCUAUUGUAUGGCAUAUACAUCUGCCUGGAUAUAUUUUUACUCUUGACCAAAGUUUUGUAAGAAACAAUACAUGAUUUGGGGCCAGGGGCUUGGGAGGGAGGAUAUUUUAUUGAAGAACUACUUACAAAAGACUUCUCUGUAAGCUUGAACUCAGGAGUACAGUUUAGCUAUCUAGACUCUUAACAGCUUUUGCUUUAAAAUUAUUCAAGUGUUUCUUAGCAAUGAAAAGUAAAAGAUCUUGCUAAAAUUAAAAUAAGGAACACUUUACCUUUUAGAUAUUUAUUCAUUAUGUAGACUUAUUUCUAGAAAACUUUGGUGAUGAUUCUUGACAACAGAUGGUUAAGUAGCAUUAUUAUGUAAUGCUUGUAUAUACUGUAGAGUUUUUAAUAGAAGGUAAAUCAGUUUCCUCCAAGGGCCACUAUUAACAGUAUAUGUACUUCCUUGAAUUUAGUUUUCAUGAUUGUAAUGGGUGCUGCAAAUGCAUUUGCACAUUGCAAUAAGAUGUGAUGAGAUGAAUUGUUAAAAACUAUAGCAGCAAAAAGAAGUGUAAAUUUGGUUAAAAUUCUUUCACUCUUUGUAUUUUUUUUAAGAUUUUUAUUCCUUAAAUGUAAAAUGACUACCUAAUUUUUUGAUGUAAGCUCAUUAAAUUCAAAGAGAAGAAAAAUCAGC